ACGCUAUAUAUAAGAUCCCUCUCGCAAUUCCGAGUCGAGCCCUCGCACGCGCGCCGCCGCCACCCCGACCUCGCCGCCGCCGCCGCCGCCGCCGCCGCAGACGCCUCCUAACCCGUCGCCGAGAUGACAAAGCGCACGAAGAAGGCUGGAAUUGUUGGCAAAUAUGGCACUAGGUAUGGUGCCAGCUUGCGUAAGCAAAUCAAGAAGAUGGAGGUGUCUCAGCACUCCAAGUACUUCUGCGAAUUCUGUGGGAAGUUUGCUGUGAAGAGGAAAGCAGUUGGAAUUUGGGGGUGCAAGGACUGCGGGAAGGUCAAGGCCGGCGGUGCUUAUACAAUGAACACUGCUAGUGCGGUCACUGUCAGGAGCACAAUCCGUCGCUUGAGGGAGCAGACUGAAGCGUGAUUGCAGCACUUUUGUCUAUCCAGGAGACCCCGGGUUUUGUAGUCGAGUCAAGACUUGGCAAAUCACUGUAUCGGCUAUUUGGCCAAGAAUUUCCUUCAGUACUUUUUGCUUCUGCUUAAGCUUUUAGGAUAAUACCUAAUCGUACUCAGGUUGCUAUUGCAUACUUGUUCGGUGAUCUGUGAUCCUAUGCCCGCUUUCGUCAUCAAUUUCCUCUCUUUUUUACACUUA